AUGCCUAAGGUCGGAAAGCCCAUCUCGAAGCGCACUUCGACGCGCCUGCGCAACAGCAUCCAGAAAAAGUCUGCCGAGAAGCAAAGAAAGCUUCGCAAGCAAGCAAAGAACAACCCAGAAUGGAGAUCCAAGAUCAAGAAGGAUCCCGGUAUUCCCAACUUGUUCCCCUUCAAGCAAAAGGUCCUCGAGGAGAUUGAAGAGUCAAAGAGAAGGAAAGAGGAGGAGAAGCAAAGAGCGCGUCUGAUGGCGAAGGCUCGUCGCGAGGGCAUUGAUGUCAAGGAUAUCGACCAGGUUGCCGGUGACGACGAGGAUCUUGAUCUCAGCGACAUGGACGACGACGCUAUGGACGAGGACGCCGCAAACCCCAUGGCUGCUCUGCUCGCCUCGGCCCGCGCUCGUGCACAGGACUUUGAUGGCGAAGUUGACGAGGAUGAGAACGACAUGGACGAGGACAUGUCCGAGGAUGACAUGGUGGCUGGCGAGGAACAGACUAUGGAUGCCCCUGGCGUGCGCAAGGACUCGUCUCGUCGCGCUUUCGACAAAGUCUUCAAGAAUGUCAUCGAGCAGGCCGACGUCGUCCUGUACGUGCUGGACGCUCGCGACCCCAACGGAACACGAUCAAAGGAGGUCGAGAGACAGAUCAUGGCUUCAGAGGCUGGAGCCAACAAGCGUCUGAUCCUCGUCCUCAACAAGAUCGAUCUCAUCCCCCCUCAAGUCCUCAAGGACUGGCUCAUCCACCUCCGUCGCUCCUUCCCUACCCUCCCUCUCCGUGCCGCAAACUCGGCUGCCAACGCUCGUACCUUCGACCACAAGGCCUUGACUGUCAAGGGUACCUCCGAGACGCUCUUCCGCGCCCUCAAGACCUACGCACACUCCUCCCAACUCAAGCGCGCCAUCACUGUCGGUGUCAUUGGCUACCCCAACGUUGGCAAGUCUUCCGUUAUCAACGCCCUGACUUCUCAGCUCGGCAAGAAGGGCAACUGCCCUACUGGUGCUGAGGCCGGUGUCACAACCAGCUUGCGCGAGGUCAAGAUCGACAGCAAGCUGAAGCUUCUCGACUCGCCCGGUAUCGUCUUCCCCUCGUCUGUUGAGGGUGCAAAGGCGAGCCGCACGGAAGAGCAAGCCCGUCUGAUCCUGCUCAACGCUGUACCGCCAAAGGAGAUCGACGACCCCGUUCCUGCCGUUACUCUGCUACUCAAGCGUUUGAGUGGCAGUCCCGAUGGCUUCCAGAAGAUGCUGGAUGUCUACGGCCUGCCGGCCCUAAUGGUCGCCAACGGCGACCUUACCACAAACUUUCUCGUCCAGGUCGCUCGUAAGCGCGGUCGUCUUGGAAAGGGCGGUGUUCCCAACAUUCACGCUGCUGCACAAACCGUCGUCACUGACUGGAGAGACGGUCGUAUUCAAGGCUGGAUGGACGCACCGACGCUACAACUCGCCAAGGAGGGCAAGAAGACUCCUGGCAACAGCGACAGCACCGGUCUUGUUGGUGACCAAAAGGAGAUUGUCACCGAGUGGGCCAAGGAGUUUAAGCUCGAGGGUCUUUGGGGUGAUGAUGCUAACACUGAUGAUACGGCAAUGGAGUCGUAA